CUCGCGGCGGCGAAGGCGGCUUCUGUGGUGGCAGCAUGAAGCGUACCCAGACGGCGGAGGAACGGGAGCGCGAAGCUAAGUGUUUGUAAUGCUUUUUAAGAAAUUGUGGCGGCGGACUCUGGGAGUAGAAACCAGCUCGAGCAAGUCACCUCCUCCGGCUGCGGUGGUCGCCGGUGUCCCGCCGGCCGUCUGUGUCGCCUUGCACUGCUGCAGCAGCCGCGGCACGAUGACGACUGCGUUCCUCGUACUCCUGUCCUUGUUGGUGGCAGGUGUUUGGGGGAACGAGUUUAGUAUAUUACGAUCACCAGGGUCUGUUGUUUUCCGAAAUGGAAAUUGGCCUAUAUCAGCAGAGCGAAUCCCAGACGUUGCUGCAUUGUCCAUGGGCUUCACUGUGAAAGAAAACCUUUCUUGGCCAGGACUUGCAGUGGGUAACCUAUUCCGCAGGCCCCAAGCUACCAUUAUGGUAAUGGUGAAAGGAAUAGACAAACUGGCCUUCCCCACAGAAAGAGUCAUCUCCUACCCCUUGGAAAAUGCAGUUCCUUUUAGUCUUGACAGUGUGGCAAAUGCCAUCCACUCCUUAUUCUCUGAAGAAACUCCUGUAGUGUUGCAGUUGGCUCCCAGCGAGGAAAGAGUAUAUUUGGUGGGGAAGGCUAACUUGGUGUUUGAAGACCUUUCAGUCACAUUACAGCAACUCCGGAAUCACCUGUUUCAAGAAAACUCCAUUCUCAGUUCACUCCCUUUAAAUUCUCUGAGUAGGAAUGAGGAAGUUGACCUGCUUUUUCUUUCUGAACUGCAAGUGCUUCAUGAGAUCUCAAGUUUGUUAACUCUCCACCAGCACGUAGCUGAGGAUCAUUCUCCUGAUUUGUAUUCCCUGGAGCUAGUAGGUUUGGAUGAAAUUGAGAAACGUUAUGGCAAAGAGUCGGAACAAUUCAGAGAUGCUUCUAAGAUCCUCGUUGAUGCUCUACAAAAGUUUGCAGAUGACAUGUACAGUCUUUAUGGAGGGAAUGCAGUGGUAGAGUUAGUGACCAUCAAGUCCUUUGACACACGCCUGGUGAGGAAGACCAGGAUGAUCCUUGAGGCAAAACCAGAGAAACAAGUAAUUCCCUAUAACCUGGCAUAUAAAUAUAAUUUUGAGUAUUCAGUGGUUUUCAACCUGGUACUUUGGGUGAUGAUUGCCUUGGCUCUGGCUGUCCUCAUCAUCUCCUACAACAUUUGGAACAUGGACCCUGGAUAUGAUAGCAUCAUAUAUAGGAUGACAAAUCAGAAGAUCCGAAUGGACUGAACUUUCCUUAUGUCAUACUUACACAAGGGGUUUGGAAAUAGGUCAUUUU